AUGACUACGUUAUUCAACGAUCUACACUUUCGGAAUGGAUUCAAUUCUACCGAGUCUUUUCAUCAAUUCCCCGAUCUUCCCAAAGAAAUCCGUCUACGUAUCUGGCUACUGGCACUUCAGCCACGAUCCCGCUUCAUCUCAAUUCGCAUCAAUCUCGAGCUCACAACCCUAGAUCAGACUGAAAUGCAGCACAUUCAGUCUCGAAUGUACACUACUCGCAAUGAAAUGGGUAAUAUCAUAAGCGUCCGCCGUGAAUCAGAUGAUCAGCACAAUCUUCUCGACCUGCAAAGAAUCGGAUGGGUGGCGCUAGACUACUUUUGUCUUCGUCUACCUCUCGCAAAUAAUCGCCCCAUCCGAGUCAAUCCUGAUCACGAUGUCCUCUUUUUCCACGCUGGUUAUGAAAUUUGCGACAUCAACAUGCUUGCUGCUAUUCUCCAUGAUGUCAAAGCAUAUGAUCCAAGAUAUCAGGGCCUCAACCAUCUAGUCAUACAUGGAGAUACUUUGUUUCCAGAUAGACAACCCUUUACAGGAGAGAUUAGACGCAGCAGAUUGUAUGGAACCAUUGGUAGCACGAGCGGUGGAGGUGCAAGAAAACUAUUUCUAAGCCAUCCUAUAGCCCAAGCAUCUCUCACUGACAUCCUCAGCACAAAAGUUCGGACUUUGUGGUGUGGUCAAAAGGUGUAUACUAAAACGAGGGUUUGCGGCCCAACAAGAUUUCACCAGCCCUUUAUGACCACACAGUGGAUGGAGACCUUACCCCUGCUGCCUCCCAUGAGUACGUUGAGCAUACCCUAUCUCAACUUCGAAUGGUUCGAGAGUGAUCCCAGACCCGUAGAGCCGGAUACUUGUAGAAUGCCAUUUGUCAGGGAUCCACGCCGAUGCCAUCAUAGCUGGAAAGCAAUCGAGGAAGCCCUAGGGGUGAGGUAUACCACUCCCUUUCGUGUUUAUGUUUGUGUAGCCUCGGAAUUAGCUCUAGCGGAACUAUGGGGAGGCAGGUCCCAGCCUACAGAAAAGGAGCUCGGGUUACACCAAUUGGACAUGACUAAUCGACGGAAUGAACAGGAAGAGUGGACGACCAUAAUUGAUUAUUGGGUCAACUUCAUGAAUGAGAAUCCAACGGCUGGCAGAGGAAAGCUUGAUGAAUCGUGUUUUCGAGGAGAGGAAUAUGACGGUGGACAGAGAUCACAUGACGGCAAUUGGCAUGUGGUUGUUUCCAGAGGAGGCGUUUGGGCAAGUGAACAAUGA